AUAAAAAUACCAUUGGCUGUUCCCUAGCACGUCCAAAGUGCAGUCCACAUGUCUUCCCUUUCCAUCCACACCACUGGUUGCUGUGCUUAAAAGAGGGCCAAAAGCGUGCUACUCUCCUGGAGGAACGAUGGAAGAUUCGGGGCAAACCAAGACCCAAGGGAGGUUCACGCUGGUACUGGGGCUGGUCACACUGGUGGCUGCAUUUGGAUCAUCUUUCCAGUAUGGGUACAAUGUUGCUGUUGUCAACUCUCCCUCAGAGAUCAUGCAAAACUUUUACAACGAAACCUAUUAUAAAAGGCAUUCAGAAUAUAUGAGCAGUACGGUCGUGACCCUGCUGUGGUCUGUCACAGUAUCCAUGUAUCCUCUAGGAGGCUUUAUUGGGUCACUCAUGGUUGCCCCAAUGGUAAAUAAAUGUGGAAGAAAGGGGACCUUGCUGAUCAACAACAUCUUUUCCAUUGUCCCUGCUAUUUUGAUGGGCUGCAGCAAAGUGGCCGGGUCCUUUGAGAUGAUCAUCUUUGCCCGAAUUGUGGUGGGAAUAUGUGCAGGACUGUCCUCCAAUGUGGUCCCCAUGUACUUGGGAGAGUUGGCCCCAAAAAACCUGAGAGGAGCCAUUGGUGUGGUCCCCCAGCUAUUCAUUACUGUUGGAAUCCUUGUAGCCCAGAUCUUUGGUCUUCGGAGCAUCCUUACAAGUGAAGAGGGAUGGCCCAUUCUCCUCGGGUUGACUGGGAUCCCAGCAGCUCUGCAGCUCCUCUUCCUGCCCUUCUUCCCAGAGAGUCCUCGGUACACCUUGAUUCAGAAAGGAGAUGAAGAAGGAGCCCGAAAAGCUUUAAAGAAACUGAGAAAGUCUGAUAACGUUGAAGCUGAGGUGGAGGAGAUCUGUAUGGAGGAUGAGCUGGAGAGGGCUGCUGGCAGAGUGUCUGUGCUCAAACUCUUCACCACAAAGUCCCUCAGGUGGCAGCUCAUUUCCAUUAUCAUCUUAAUGGCUGGCCAGCAACUCUCCGGAGUCAAUGCGGUCUACUACUAUGCAGACCAGAUCUACAGAGAAGCAGGAGUGAACGACCAUGAUGUCCAGUAUGUCACAGUGGGGACAGGUGCAGUCAACGUGGUGAUGACCUUCUUAGCUGUCUUCAUUGUGGAGCUCUUAGGGAGGAGGUUGCUCCUCCUGAUUGGCUUCAGUAUCUGCUUCCUGGCAUGUGUGGUAUUAACAGUAGCCCUUUCACUCCAGGACACCGUGACUGGGAUGCCUUAUGUCAGCAUAACUUGUGUGAUCUGCUACGUUAUAGGUCAUGCUAUUGGGCCUAGUCCCAUUCCUUCAUUGAUUAUCACUGAAAUCUUCCUGCAGUCCUCUCGGCCAGCUGCAUUCAUGGUUGGAGGCACUGUCCACUGGCUCUCCAACUUCAUUGUGGGACUGAUCUUUCCUUUCAUCCAGGAGGGUCUUGGUGCCUACAGCUUCAUCAUCUUUGGUGUGAUAUGUCUCCUUACCACAAUUUAUACCUAUUUCAUCGUCCCAGAGACCAAGGCUAAGACAUUUAUGGAAAUCAACCAGAUUUUUGCCAAGAUUAAUAAGGUGUCAGAAGUUCAGCCAGAGAAACAGGAAUUGCAGGAUUUCAAGCCUUCCGUUCCUCUGUAGGAGUUGCCUGACCUACACCAGCCUGCCCCUUUCACUUUUCCAGCUCAGAAUUGGGCCUAUCCAGACUAGGGAUGGGUCCUGUACAGACUGCGGCCCGAGACUCCAGACUCAUGGCAAACUGGGAAUAUCCAUUGAACUUUUGAGUGGAGAGUCUGAAAAAAAUCAAGAUCUUUCUGUGGGUCAGCCACUUGCUGAGUCUAAGCCAGGACUCACAGCUGCUCCUCAGCCUGACUUGAGUAGCAGCAACUCUGUGACUUCUUAUCAUAUGAACUUUUAAUAUUAAAAACAAUCACCAUGGAGGGAUGAUAGGAACAAAGUUUGGAGACCUUCAGUGGCCUAUGGGUGACCCUGGUUGAAUCAGUUUCUUCUUUCCUAUCACUAUUCUGCCCUGGAAACAUCAUCCUUAGAACAAUAUCAUGUUAGAAACAUAAGCACACCAAGACAAAUAGAUGGUUGUAGAUAGUUCAGUUAAGUGGGAGCGUAGAA